CACAUUUAAUCAUUCUUCCGUUAACCUCCGUCCAAAUGUUUAGAGCGACAAUGGCCAGUUGGCCACACACCAACUGGAAGUCGCUCCCCAAGCUGGCGGGUCUCAACCGCCACGUCACCAACAAGGGCCACACACCAACUUGAAGUCGCUCCCCAAGCUGGCGGGUCUCAACCGCUGCGGCAAGCUAGUGAUUUAAGAAACCAAAAAUGGCAGCAAAAUUAAAGUGGGUUUACUUUUCCUUCGUCGAAACGAAAAAGCCCAUCGACCUCCGUCGGCCUGUUAGGCUUUACACGGCGGUCGGCCCAACGGAAAGUGUGCCCUUCCUUUUCCUGUGUGGAAUUGGGUUUCCUUACUGACUGUUUUUGCAUUCGGACUAUCUGUUUAAAGGGUCUUUCGGAUCGCUCUCCUCUCCUCAAUCAACUCCACAAACAAAGCUAAUCAGGUCGCAGAGAUUUUGCAGCCGGUGAUCCAGCACUAUGGCGAAAAAAAGCACUAGAGGAGAGCUACUUUUCAAGAGGAACUAUGAUCCGGACUAUGAUUCAGAUGAGGGAUUGCUCCAGUACAGCUACAGUUAUCGAGCGGCUGCAGCAAAGACGACUGGGGAUAGCGAUCUGUGUUUCAGGAAGCUGGCAAAGACGGACAUCUUAAUAUCCCCUGCCGAGGCGAAGAGGAAGUGUACGAAUGAUGACGAUCCGGGCUAUGAUUCAGAUGAGGAAUUACUCAAGUACACCUACCAUUAUCGAGCGGCUGCAGCAAAGACGACUGGGGAUGUCGAUCUGAGUUUUGGGCAGUCAAAGAUCCGCGCCGCCAUUAUAUGGUCGACGGAACGGAAGGCAAUUAAUGAGGAGAAGUAGUACCUGGAGUGAAGAUCUGCAGCAGAGAUCACGUGGAUUUCUCUAUAUGGGUUGGGGGCUUUGAUUUUUGGGGUUUAUAUAUGAGUUUUCGUACAAGCAUAAUGUUUGAAUGUUCGGUUUAGGUUUUCAUAUAUGUUUUGUUCUUCCUAUUAUUACUAGUUUUGUGCCCAUGUAUUGAUAUUUUUUUGUUGUUAUCUUGUAAUGGCGGCAGGCUGAUUUUGUAUAUAUUUAUUAGGGUUAAUAUAGUUGUAUGAUCAGAACUUUUCACAUAUUAAACAUCCUGAUAAAUCUUAUCGAUUUAA